CCGAUCCUCAGGCGAAAUAGGGCCAGGCUAAGGCCAUGGCUGGCCCGGCAGCCCUAAUCCAAGAUGGGUCUAAAAGUGAAGUCCGUAAGACAUAUACUCAGUUGUGCAAAGACAAACCCACUUAGCAGUGAAGCAGGGUAUAAAAGGAGAGCAGUGGUAUGAGGAUUUGUCAUACAAAGCUAACAACUAGUGGUGUUAUGGUAGAUACCCAAGGUUGCUCUACUACUGAUAAUACAUCUUGCCUUGGUGGUUGCUAGCAAUUCAACUAUGGCCAUUCCAAGCUUCUCCAUCAAGGACAAUAUCUUCUGUCUUUGCAUCUUUGUGUUGGCACUGGUCGUUGCCCGGUCCGAAGCCGGAAGCAUUGCCAUCUACUGGGGCCAAAAUGGCAACGAGGGCACCCUUGCGGAGACCUGCGCUACCGGAAACUAUGGCUUUGUCAACAUAGCCUUCCUUGCCACGUUCGGCAACGGACAAACUCCGCAGAUCAACCUCGCUGGCCACUGCGACCCCUACUCCAAUGGCUGCACUGGGCUCAGUGACGACAUAAGGUCCUGUCAAAAGCAGGGUGUCAAGGUCCUACUCUCCAUCGGUGGUGGUGCCGGGAGCUACUACCUCGCCUCCUCUGACGAUGCGAAACAAGUCGCACGCUACCUCUGGAACAACUAUCUUGGAGGACAGUCGUCGUCUCGUCCCCUGGGUGAUGCAGUGCUUGAUGGUAUUGAUUUCGACAUCGAGGGGGGAACAAACCUACACUGGGACGAGCUAGCGAGGACGCUCUCAGGAUUCAGUCGCCGAGGAAAGAAGGUGUACUUGAGCGCCGCUCCACAGUGUCCAUUUCCCGACGCAUGGGUCGGAGGAGCCCUCAAGACAGGACUCUUCGACUAUGUCUGGGUGCAGUUUUACAACAAUCCUCCAUGCCAGUAUACGUCGGGUGACCUUACAAACUUGGAGGAUGCAUGGAAGCAGUGGACGUCGUCCAUCCCUGCGACAAAGAUCUUCUUGGGAUUGCCGGCAGCGCCUGAAGCUGCCGGUAGCGGCUUCGUUCCCGCGGAUACCCUCACUUCCCAGGUGCUUCCUGCUAUCAAGGGUUCAAAAAAGUAUGGAGGGGUCAUGUUGUGGUCCAAGUACUACGACGAUCAGACUGGUUACAGCUCCUCCAUCAAAAGCCAUGUCUGAUAUCUUUAGGCAAAAUUACAUUGCAUAACUA